UCAACAACAACAAACACACCUCACAGCCAAUGACUUGAGAUCACAAAGCAAGGUAUACCCAUCAGUGCAUAACAGCAAGUAUAAGGGGUCCCCUCCUUUUCAUCAUGGCUGCUGCAACGCUUCACCCUUCUCCCGUUCCUACUCCUUCUGCGACCUCGACCUCACCCCCUGCGUCUCCUUUUCCUGCUUUCCCUCGCUUACCAUCCGGUCAAUCUAUCUCGCGGAAUGCAUCCAGUUCUUCUUCACGUUCAACAGCGUCCAGUAGCUCGUCACUUGUCGCUGCACCUAUCCGUCCUCCACCUAUCGAGACGCGAACAGCAGCGACUCCGGGAACCAACAUUCAAGGAAUCUCCAGGCCGGGCAGUGCAGACCCAGAACAUUCUUCAUCACCUACAACAGGCAAGUAUACGUCUCCUAGACUAGGAGCAGGGAGAGGCAUCUACCGAAACGGUCCAAGAUCAAGACAACAGCAACAACCAGAGGCUCCAAUGAUCGCUACAUCGCCUCUAGCGGGACCCUUUCAUCGUGACAGACCAAAUACGGCACCUACUCCCGGAAUGUCACCCAGUACACCCAAGACCAGCCGAUGGAGGACCGUAGAGACCGAACGAGGCUCACCAUCUCCAUCGCCAGGUCCUAUCCGAGUGACGGUUUCACUUGAUAAUACAGAAUCUGGACCUUCCUCACCUAUGCCCCAGUAUCCUCGCGGGAGAGCUGGUAUGCGAUCGAUACCUUCUUCACCAGUCGGUUUCAAGGAGGAUGGACCAAGAGGCAAGGCGAGGACGCUGAGCGCAGAUCGAGAUAUCUCGCGGGACAGGGAAAGGAGACAAAGUCAAGCUUCUGCAGCUUCGUCUUCCACAUCAGGAGGAGGGGGCUACAGGAAGCCUUCGUUACGAGAUUUCGUUUUGGGCGAGGAGCUGGGCAGGGGCAGUUACAGCACGGUUUACGCUGCCACGCCCGCAUCCACCACACACUCUCCCGGGACACCACGCGGUGCACCUAGAGAAUACGCCAUCAAGAUCAUCAACCAGGCCCACUUGAUCGCGGAGAAAAAGGUUAAAUACGCCAUGAUUGAGCGCGAUGCUCUCAUACGAUUGGCACAACCUUCCAGCUUGCCUCACGCUGGUUCCUCCCGCGGACACCGGCGUGGCAUGUCUGGAUCAAGCAACACUGGGUUCGUCAAGCGCAAGUCGAACAAUUCAAUGGCCGGACCCAAACGAGAGACUACGCCUACAACUCCUGGUCAACCCAAAUUAUCCAUUUCGACGGAGCCCGCCAGCGUAGGGUCUAUCGGUUCCAAUUCAUCCAUCUCGCCCACCAUCAAGAGCUCUGCAUUUGCUGGAAGACGGCCGAGUCGUUCUGCUGAACCACCUGAAAUGGUUCCUGAGAGAUCAGAGGAGAAUAUCCUUGAUUCUCCAGUGGAAGACCUAAGAUCGACAGCCCCGUCUCCAGUGAGGGAGGAGGGGGAUGUGUCUUUGCGAAGAUACACCAAUGAGACUGUCAGGCCUGCUGGCACAGGGAACGACGAUACGCCUGGACCGUCGACGACGCUACAAACGCCCGAUGCAGCUAGCUUUGGGAACAAGACAAGACGACGCCGUCAGAGUCUGGCGCUGAGCGAAAGAUCAACCAAGUCAGGUCGUGGAGGCCACGCUCACCCUGGUAUCAUCCGUCUCCACUCGACGUUCAACGACAUGAUGAGUCUGUAUUUUGUCCUUGAUCUCGCGAAGAACGGUGAAAUGUUAGGAUACAUCCGAAAGUAUGGUUCUCUGGAUCUCGAGUCUGCAAGAUACUAUGCAGCGCUGUUGAUCGACACGAUUGAAUUCAUGCACGACCGAGGUGUCAUUCAUCGGGAUCUGAAACCCGAAAAUAUUCUUCUGGACGCUGAGAUGCGGACCAAAAUCACCGAUUUUGGCAGCGCAAAGAUCGUCACUGAUAAUGAUGAGGCCGAGGACAACGAAAGCAAGAAGAGGUCUUUUGUAGGCUCAGCAGAUUUUGUCAGUCCUGAAGUCCUUAGAAAUGAUCCGGCUGUCGCUGCGUCAGAUAUCUGGGCUUUUGGCUGUAUCCUCUAUCAGCUUUUGGUCGGCAGACCACCUUUUCGAGGCGCCACGGAUUACUUGACAUUUCAGAAGAUUCUCAAGCGGGAAAUGGAGAUGCCUGAAGACAUUGAUGAGGAAGCGAAGAGCCUUCUUUAUCUCAUUUUGAACCUCGACCCAAACGCUCGACCCACUCCAGGCGACAUCAAAGCUCACCCGUUUUUCGCCGAUCUUGACUUUUCAAAUAUCUGGAACAUUCCCGUGGUCACCAUGCACACUGGUAUCACCCGACCGGUCAUUCCGAGCUCCAACCCCACAGAAUCUGACAUUUGGGCUGUGUUUGAUGAGGGAUCAGAUGGCGAAUUUGACGAAGACGAGAAUGACGAUACGAUUCCACAAGCUGGAAAUUCAGCCAUGCUAGGCAGGCAGCUGUCAACCGCAUCGAAGAACCGAUCAUCCACCCGAUUCGACCAUCGAGCAGCCGCCAAAGCAGUUCAGUCGGUCGACGAUCCUUCGACUGUCAAUCGAUCAUCGAGAUUGAGUGCAGGUAGCUUUGAGCCUCCUCGAUUCUCCUGGGCGGAUGCACCCUGGCGAAGAAAGCACAGAGGUCUGUCGACGGGAAGCAGGAGUGCCCGCACGAGCUCGAGCUCGAGUGCGAAUCGGACUGCGUUAUCGGGUCUUCUUGAGACGAUGGGCAUUGGCUCAUCGAACACGGGAUCAGGAUCUCCGGGGACGAUCACCGGGUCAGAUAGGCCGGCAGCAGUGUCGAUCGUGACGCCUCAGGACUAUGGUGGAGCAACUCGGUCGUAUUCGAUCGCUGGACAGGGCAACACGCUCGAACAGAGGGAGCCUCCUUGGGCCUCGCUUCUUCUGCCGAGGGAGAAGGUGGUCUUCUCGUCUAUCGUCAGCGCUCGACCAGUCGCCAGUGCGUCUACAAGCCUCAUCCCAUCGUUCUUCCUCAAGGCGUCCAAGGAUGAGCAGAUGAGCGUCUCAGGACCAAAGAUCAAGUUCGAAGUCGUCUUCGACCGCGCUGGCAAUGACGAUCCGGCAUCGCCUUCAGGUCAAGAGCCUCCUGUAACAUUUGCAGACGUCAAUGAGAAGGGCUCGAGAGGCUUCAUUGUAGCUUCCAGCGGCGAGAACGUCCAGUACGUUGUUGAUUCAGUUGAAUUGAGGAAUCAAUGGCUCCAGGCCAUCAGAAGCUCGAGAGGAUAGGGGCAGGAUACACUACAUGCUUGACAUUGGUAGUAAGAGGGCGACCGACCGUUAUUUGCAUUUGUAAACUUGCACGGCGCCAUAGCAGGUAAUACGGUGAUGACCUGGUUGAUGUAAUGAAAACGCAUUCGGUUCCAUGAUAGAUGCUUUGGAAAAACACCGUCCGAAAGGCAG